UUUGCUGUUUUUUAGAUGGGAUAACUUGGUAUGGUAUGCAGUGGUCAUCUUUUUUUUUGUGUCUAGGUGUUCAAGAUGAGAAAUCGUUUCAGGGUGAAGGGAUGGAUGCCUACCUAGGUAUGUCUGGCAUUUCUCGGGUGCCAAUGCUUGCUUCAUUUCGGUGCAGGGAAUAUAUAAUCCCACAGGCCAAAUAUUUUCUUCCUACUGAAGAGGAGUCUAUUGCAUAACUCACUUGCAAUUUCUCGCAGAAACCCAGCAUGUAAAUUGGUGCUGGCACAGCGCUAGGAUCACGCUUGGUGGGGUGGCGACGACCCCGCAAAGUUUGGGCGACAUAUUUUGAAAUAUCUACUACCUACAUACUUACGAACCACACGCGGCGUGCUCGAACUGGCCAGUGAGCCCUAUUCCACCAGAUCAAGAUGUCAUCUUCACCAUUCAACCUCGUUGUUCUCGUCUCUGGCAAUGGCUCCAAUCUGCAAGCCCUCAUCGACGCCUGCGCGUCCUCCGCGCUCCCAAAUACUCGCAUCACGCAUGUAAUCUCGAACCGUAAGGCCGCAUAUGGUCUGGAACGAGCUGCAAAAGCAUCGAUACCCACGACUUACCAUAACCUCGUCGCAUACAAGAAGAAACAUCCCCAAGACGAGCAGGGCACCGCAGCAGCACGCACCGAGUACGAUGCCGAUUUGGCAAAAAUCAUACUGGCUCUAGACCCUCGUCCGGAUGUCAUUGUCUGUGCAGGCUGGAUGCACAUACUCACACCCGAUUUCCUUAAUCCAAUCGCUAGCCAGGGGGUCAGAGUCAUCAACUUACAUCCGGCAUUGCCGGGCGAAUUCGCGGGCGCGGGCGCAAUCGAGAGGGCUUGGGAAGCUGGCCAGAAAGGAGAGAUAAAGCGGACCGGUGUCAUGAUCCAUGAGGUCAUCGCAGAGGUGGACGCGGGAGACGCAAUUGUUACGGAAGAGGUUCCUUUGCGACAAGAAGAGUCGCUAGAUGACCUCGAAGAGAGGAUACAUAAAGUUGAGCAUGGCCUGAUCGUGGAGGGGACGAGAAGAACGCUUGCCAAGAUCAAGCCAUAAGCGACGAACAUUGCAGAUACCGCCCAAAGCUUAGUGAACCAUGAAAGGCAGUAGGAUGAGGUAUGAUUCCUAAGAUGCUGUGCUAUGGAGGGCCCUGAGCCUUUGACCGAGACUCUCC